CAUGUUCAAAGGAGGCGCAGUCGCCACCCACAACAAAUCAACAACAAAAAGAAGAACAAAUCCGUUAGAGACGUCGUUUCCGAUGAGCCAUUAACCGGUGACACCGCCGUUGCUGCUACUGAACAAGGAGGAGAAGCUUCCGAAGAUAUUUAUACGAUUGACGCUGCUAAGCGUAGGAAAUACGAUUGUUUGUUCCCUGUUGAAGCUAAGAAUUUCGGGUAUGAUCCGAAUGCUAAAGCUAAGUCCGUUGAAGAUGCUCUUGAUGACCGGGUCAAGAAGAAAGCUGAUCGUUAUUGUAAAUGAAUUGCUGAGGUUUUUUUUACGUACUGUUUGUUACUCCUUGUAAUUUCACUAUUUCAGGUUCAAAUUAUCCCAUGAACUAUCUAUUGUCUCGUGUAGUUCGAUUGUAGUAUUGUUUUGUUGCGUUAUUGUUCUGCUACUAUAUGUUGUUUUCGUUUA